AUGGGGUUAGCUGAAAAUUGGAUUAAACUCAUAAAUCAGUGUGUUUCUACUGUUUCCUAUUCUGUUCUUUUGAAUGGUAGCCCAACAGGGUUUUUCCAACCUGAGAGAGUUCUAAGGCAAGGGGAUCCCUUGUCCCCUUACCUAUAUAUUAUCUGUGAUGAGGCUCUUUCCUCUUAUAUAGAUAAUCUCCAAAAGAAUGGAACUCUGAAGGGAAUCAAAAUUUGUAAAAAUGCCCCAGAGAUGACUCAUCUUCUGUUUGCUGAUGAUUCUCUUCUUAGAAGAAUUCCUGAACAUAGGAAAGACCUUUUGGCCAACAUCCUGGAUAUUCAAAGCAGAGACUUUGGAGAAAAGUACCUUGGUACUCCAACUGUUUUCCAAGAUUCUAAAAUCCAAACCCACAUGGGCAUUCUUCAGGCUGUGGAUGCCAGAAUUACUGUCUGGCUCCACAAGCUCCUUUCCCAGGCUGCUAGAACGACUUUGGUUAAACAUAUUGAUCAAGCCAUUUCUUUAUUUCAUUUCAGAUGGGGGCAUUUUUAA